AUGGCGAUUUCCGACGACGUUCUCGUCGAACCUUCUGUGCGUUCAGAACCAACCGGUGUUAAUACCGCGCGCAUACAGUCACGCAUACAGUUACCAAAAAUAGAAUUACCUUCAUUUGACGCUCGUGCUAACUCUACUGUUGUGCUAGGCACCGCGAUCGUUCACAUUAAGGAUGCGUGGGGACAAACUCAUGCAGUUCGUGCACUUCUAGACAGUGGCUCUCAACUUUCAGCCAUGACAAACAAUUGCUCAGCUCGACUUGGGUUACCCCGAAAUCGUUUCCAGUCCAACAUCGUUGGACUCGGACAAAGCCCUAUUACUCAAAUUCAAGGUGUCACUAGGUGUCAAUUCACUUCACAUUUUGAUUCAAAAUACGUGUUUCCCACAGUAGAUAUGGUUGUUUUACCGCACAUCACGGCAGCCAUGCCGUCCGCACAUGUGCCGUCCAACGUACGUCAUCGGUAUCGACAUCUUUUACUUGCUGAUAAGCAAUUCGACGUCCCAGCGCGAAUCGACGUCCUCUUUGGGGCGGAUGUCUUUCCUAACCUCAUUCGUUCACAGGCUGGCGUUGAACAUUAUGCGGGUUUCCCAUCGGCUCUGGACACCAAAAUUGUUGUCGGUGCCGACACGGAAGAGCAACUUCUACGUCGAAAAGAGGCAAUCGUCGGUUUGCUCCACAACGGGGCUUGUGAACUGAGCAAAUGGACCAGCAAUAGUGCUCUCGUCCUAGGGUCCAUCAGUCCUGACCAUCGUGCGAAUUCCGUAUCAUUUGACCCACGGGAUGAACAUUCGGUAAAAGUUCUUGGGCUACAUUGGAACACAACUAAUGACAAUUUCGCCUACCACACCAGCAUCCCUCAAACGUCGUCUACCAAACGGCAAGUUCUGUCAAUCAUUGCACAUCCUGCCUCUCGCGGGCUUUUGCCGCGAUCGACCGUGGCAUCAAAAAUCUACUGGGACGGUCCCGACUUUUUACAGCUUCCGGAAGAACAGUGGCCAAAGUCCAAAUUCUCUCCAUUAAGUCCGGAUCAGUUGCCCGAAACUAGACCUAAUGUUACCACAGUGUUAACCGUCAAUGUUCAAUCACCGUCGCUAGAGUUGUUCAGUCGUUUUUCGUCACUCAGCAAAUUGCAACGAGUUUUGUCAUUUGUCCUCCGAUUUUUGCGUCGUCUCCGUCGCCAGUCUGUCAACUUUGGACCGUUGACAUUAGCGGAACGCGAAGCAGCAUUAUUUGUCGUCGUACAACGGACUCAACAACACCACUUCUCGGAUUUGUCAAAUAUGUUAAAAACCAAGUCUGAGGUUACACCAUCCUCCUUGGCGCAACUGGCGCCUUACACCGACGUCAACGGAGUCAUACGUGUUGGAGGCCGCCUACGAUUCUCAGACGUCCAUCAUGAAGCGAAGCACCCGAUUCUUCUGCCUCGAUCAUCACAUCUCACGGACUUGUUGAUCAGACAUUAUCACUUAUCCUUUCUUCACGGUGGGCCGAAGUUAAUCAUAUCAAUGUUAAGCCAGAAAUUUUGGAUUUUGUCCAGUCGUGCCGCUGUGCGACGUGUCAUUUUUUCCUGUGUCCCAUGCACACGACACAAGGCCGUCCGGCCCCAGCCAACCAUGGCUGACUUGCCGCCCUUUCGUGUCCAGCCUCAUCGACCAUUUUCCCACGUCGGAAUGGAUUACGGCGGUCCGUUUCUCGUGAGGGAGCAUCGCCGACGAAACGCUCAAGCCGUCAAGGUUUACUUGGCAUUGUUUGUAUGUAUGUCUGUGAAGGCGGUUCACCUUGAAGUCGUCACCGAUUUGACCACAGAUGCCUUCCUUGCUGCAUUGGAUCGUUUUGUUGCGCGACGCGGAAUUCCAACCAACUUGUAUUCAGACUGCGGAACAAAUUACGUAGGUGCGGCACGGCAACUCAAGUCUCUGUUUCGUGAUGCUAAGGCACAAGACCGUUUGUCUUCGCACCUAACUUGUACAUGGCACUUCAAUCCUCCGGCCGCACCACACUUUGGUGGCAUUUGGGAGGCUGGCAUUAAGAGCGCCAAGCAUCACCUCAAACAUGUCAUAGGCCAACAAGUACUUACGUACGAAGAAUUUCAUACCUUGAUCACUCGCAUCGAAGGUAUACUCAACUCCAGGCCUAUCACACCGACAUCGUCUGACCCGCAUGACUUAAGUGCGUUGACCCCGGGUCAUUUCUUGAUCGGACAGCCCAUCCAUGCACUUCCCGAACCCGAUACCACUAAUAUAAGGAUCCUUAGGCUGAAUCGAUGGCAACUCAUCAAGCAAUGUCACCAAUCGUAUUGGAAAAGAUGGUCUCGCGAGUAUUUGUCCACACUUCAGUCCCGUCACAAAUGGUUCAAACAGUCUCCGAAUUUGAGAAUCGACGAUCUGGUAAUUGUAGAAGCUCCUUCUCGGCCACCAACAGAAUGGCGUCUAGGGCGCAUAAUCGACGUUCACCCGGGCUCCGACGAAGUCGUUCGGGUCGUCUCUGUGCGCACCCAGGACGGUGUUUUCAAGCGUCCGGUCGUGAAGCUUGUGCGGUUGCCUAUCGAACCGUGA